AUGGAGACACCUUUGCGGCUGCCGCGCAGCGCUGUCAGAAAUUGUUUCAACUGGCCAAAGAAGCUGGGGUGCGACGGAUUGUGUAUACUUCCCAUACACAUGCCACUGUGGGUUCGCCUUUUCCCUACAUUUCGGGCAAAGCUCGGGCGGUGGCCGCGCUGA